AUGUACUGGAUCGGCAGCGAUUUGCUCGCUAGUCACAUGGAAGCAACAGCUACUGGCAUCGCCUUGUCUGGGAUCGGGCUCGGGUCCAACCCGUUUUCCGGCUUUUUCAAAGGUUUUCCGAGUUUCAUACGUGUUUUUCUGAAAAAAGUUGGAUUGCGUCCUGGCUUCUUCCUACUUUGAAGCACUGUUUCAAGUUGCGCUCGAAUUUCUCUGGAAAAGUGUUAAUUUUUUCCUUAUCCUUUCUCCAGAGUUUUCAGAAGUUUCCAUGAUUUGAAACGGGAAUCCACUGGUAUAACUCGAUUGGGAUAUUUUUUUCUUGGGUGGUUUAAUUCUUUUCUUCAGUGAAUACUACCAUGUACCAAGUGGUUUAUUAAGAAACAAAUUUUGAGUGAGUCAAAUAAAAAGCAUAAGGAACGUAGGAAAGUAAGACCUCAUCGAUAAAAAAAUGUGACCCUUUUUGUUGGUUCCCACAGUUGAACACCCCAUAAAGCUAUGCUUUUGCCGCUUGAAUGUAUUUGAAAUUUUUCAGGUGGUUUUGAAAAACUCACCGGUGAGAACGACGACAAUCGAGAGGAAAUGGAAGAUCCUGAGGUAAAAUUUUUUGUUAUCAUUGGUGCAAUCUAUCGGAAUGAUUUGAAAAAACUCCGUUUCUUUUAUUUCCACUUCAAAAAUUUUUUCUCAUAAGACAACAGCUUCAAAAAGAACCUGUUGGACAAUGAAAACUUAGAAACAUUUCUUUGCACUGAAAAUUAACAUUUUCUCAUAGCCGCACUCGAAUUGGGGCUUCCCUCUUUCCCCUCGCUAAUCUCAUCGAUGUGCGUAUUAAAAAAAUCAUUUGAGCGUUCUGCAUGCACUUCCCUUAUUCACAAGCACUUAUCUUUGCAGUUUUUUCUUUUUUAUCUUUUUCUUGUAAUACCCGCAUUUUAAGCUGGUUGCGGCUCGUCAAGAACAAGAGCGUCGUCGCAAAGACAAACACCGAAAAAUGGAAGCUGAGCGAGAGAAAAUGCGCCAGAACAUUCGUGACAAGGUUUAAAAAAUUCACUUUUCACAAGUUUCCCUUUCAAAAUUUUCAGUACAAACUGAAGAAGCGGGACGACAGCUCGCAAGAAAUUGCUGGAAGAAUCACUAGCCAGCGAAAAACUCCGGAGCAGGUUGCCAUUGAAUCGAACCAAGUGGAAGAUGACGGUUUUUCUCAAAGGAACUUUUCGGACGAAAUUUGAGCUUUGCAGGUUUCCUCGCGCAACUCGGACUCACGGAGCCUCUCGAAAGAGCAAAAAAUGCUGUGACCGGUGCUUUCACGGCCGCAAAAGGCUACUUCUCGUUUGGAUUCCAGAAAUAA